GGAAGAGGAGGGGCUCAGAAGGUGCCAAAGAAGCCGCUUGCGUUCGUCCUACUUUGUCCGGUAACUGCGACUUUUCCGCUAGCAAACCCAAGGAACACGCUUUUUUUCCGUCAGGCAACCCAUCAACCCUUCCCAGCCCCAUUUCUCGCUCGUUUCCUCCUUGCCCGCUGAGAUAGCAACGGUACAGUAAACAGCACCCCACACCGGGCGGAGGAGCGGCUUCCUCUGCCGCCGCUCGAAUCCGCCGUUUCCUUUAUACCCGCGCCACUCGACGUUCUGACGCUGGCGCGGUGACAUCAGAGGCGCCAUCGUAGUCGGGUACCGUGAUGGAAGCUCGCGAGUCACUUGCUUCUGUUUCUCCUUUUUUUUCCGCCUUCUGCGGUCGGGGAGAAAAAUGCUCCAACGCUUUCAUGAGGUCGCAGCCCUACCUUCGUGUUAUUUCCUUUUUUCUCCGUCCGCGUUGACCUCUAGGGUAGUCCCAAGCAGGCCCUUAGAGUCCAGAGGCGGUCUCAUGCAGGGGCCUCCGGGGCAGCGCUCGCCUCUCCUCGGUGGCGCCGGGGCCGCCGCCAUCUCUUCCCAGAGCUUCCUGGCCUACGAAGCCUUCCUCAAAAUUGACUCGUGGACUAGGGAGGAAAGUAUUGGAAUGCCAGUACCUCUCUUUCAACCUGAGAAGAGUGAUCCAUCUUGUUUCAAAAAUCAAGGACAGACAUUUCAUCCUGACUUUUUUCAGUUUUCAGCGUGCCUGGAAAAGGAACUCCCAGCACCAGAUCCAGAUUCUUUUAUUGGAUUUAUGGAUAAGCCAGAAAAACAUGAAAAUCUUUCUGAAGAAUUGUCAUCACAUCAUUCAAGUAAAACACAAGAAAAUCAUCAGCCAUGGAGUUCAAGUGAAAAUGAAGUGAACUGGCUGAAACAAGAUGCCCUUAAUGAAGAGACUGAACUUGAGAAAAAACUUGAGGAAGCUGAGCUUGCUGCUAAUUCUGUAGUAUCACUAAUACCAUUAUUUAAAGACUCCCUUGCUGGAUUUAAUGAAAAUAUGAGCAGUUCAGUUGAGAUAUUAAUGGCCAAGUUAGCUGAUAAUGAAUCUGAAAAUAAUGCUCUUAAAAAGAAAGUCCUAGAAAAGGAGGACUAUAUCCAGGAACUUUCUUCUUUUAUUCAGAAAGAAAAAGCAAAUACCUUAAAGACAACUCAGCUUUCACAUUCAGUGAAAUCAGUGCAAUCUCAUUUGCAACUACAGAUUCAAAAAAAAGAAGCUGAGAAUGACCAGUUGAAAUCACAUAUAAAGAGCUUAAAAGCUAAGAUAGUUGAAUGGAAGCUACAAUUGAAAACAUAUGAGCAGCAACUUGUUACACUGAAGCAAACAAAUGAGCAAAAGAAAAUAGCCCUGAAAAAAGCCACUAAAGUUUGCAAAGAAAGAGCUGACUCUUAUAUGGCAAGUAUUGAAGGCCUAACUUCUCAAAUUACAGAUCGGGAAGCCAGAUUGUCUGAAGCACUUUCAGCUUCCCUAGCCUGGAAAAGUCAUUAUGAGAAAGCUGUAGAAGAAAAGACAGAUCUGGAGGUCCAGGUUGAGACUCUGAAAAAGAAAAUCAUGAAUCUUUUGGAAGAACAAAACAAGAAGGAAGAUCCUGGAAGAAACUCAAGUAAAGAUUUUCUUAAAAAACUUCACUCCAGUGAGUUGGAAAAUGAAAACAUUCUUCUUGAGAAUGAAAAACUAAAGAUCAUGCUUGCUGCUUUGGAGGAAAAAGUUAUUUCAGUUGAAAACGAACGCUUGGAAUUACAAGACGUGGAGAAAAAGCAGAAAGCCCUUGUUGAAGUGUAUAAAGCUCAGGUACAAAAGUUACAAAAAGCAGUUGAAGACGUGAAAAACAGAUAUGAAAAACUAGUUUCUGAAAAAAAGCUAAUAACGCAAACCAAAAAGUCAACAUUGGAGGAGGUGAGGGACCAGAUGGAGUCACAUUCGAAAGAAUUAGAACAUGUUCACAGUUUACUGGAGGGAGCCGAGCUGGAGCUGCGGGACUGUCAGGAGAGGCUCAUCUACUGCAAAGGGAAAUUCACAGACCAGUCCCAAACUGUCCAAGACCUCCAAAGUCAGAUUGAUGAUAAUCAGAGCCUUUUGAAAACAUUCUCUCUAGAAGAGGAAAAUAGUCCCAAAUCAAAAUGUGAAAACCUUAAACAAAAAUUAGAAAUGAUGGAUGCAGAAAAUGAAAAGCUUGAAAGGAAGGUGGCAAGCCAAGAAGAGUACCUGAAGAAGAACAAAUUCAAAUUUAAAGAGAAAUCUGCAGAAUACAAUGCCUUGGCACGGCAGCUGGAAGUUGCUUUAGAAGAAGGAAAACAAAAGGUUUCAGAAGAAAUAGAGAAAAUGACAUCCAGAGAGCAGGCUUUACAAAUAAAAAUAUUAGAUCUGGAAAGUGAGCUUAGAAAAAAAAAUGAGGAACAAAACCAGCUUGUUUCUAUAUUCAGUACUGAACCAGGGAAUUUAUGAAGUAACAGUUUUAGACGUGUAAAGUACCUCAUCAGCUAUCUAGUCCAACUAGUACUCCAAAAGGAAUCAUCAUCACAAUGUGCUAACAAGUCAUUAUCCAGUCUCUGCUUGAAGACUUUGAAUGGUAGAAUCCCACAGUCUCUUAAGAGCAAUCUAGUCCACUUUUGAAUGCCUCUAAUCUUUAGCUAGUUUGUUUUUUGUUUGUUUGUUUGUUUGUUUUGUUUUGUUUUUCUGAUAGCCAAAAUGUAUCUCUUUUCAACUUCUUCUCCUUGGUUCUGCCUUCUGGAACUAACCAGAAGAAGUCUGUUUCCUCUUCCAUAUGAUAACCCUUCAAACACUUGAAAACAUGUCAUGUUUCUCCUAUGAUUUCUGUAGGCUAAAUAUCCCAUUUCCUCCAACUGAUCCUCCUGUGGCUUGGAUCCCAAGCCCUUCACCAUCAUGGUUGCUCUCUUCUAGGUACUUUAUGACUUCUCGUUGACCCUCCCACGCUGGAAUAUUUAUAUUUAAACACAGUACUUUGUAUGUAGUCUGACCAUAGUCCAGAGGGAUCAGCUCUACUGGCUGUCGUAUCAUGUUACUACCUCAUAUUGAGCUUGUAGACCUCUUUAACUACAAAAUCUUUUUUUAGAUAAAUUACUGUAGCCUUUCCUUUCCGUUUUCUUUGUAUGCUUAUUUAGUUGAAACCAAAUGUGAGAUUUCACACUUAUCCCUAUGUAAUUGCAUCUUCUUCAAUUCACUUCAAUGUUUUAGCCUCCCAAGAUAAUGCCUCUAUAUGUAUCAUCUGCAGAUUUAUUUAGAAUGUCCUUUCUGUCUUUAUCCAAGACACUGAUAAAUAAAAGUGUUAAAUAGCAUUGAGCCAGAUGCAAAACCAUGCAAUUAGGGAGCCCUCUUUUAAGCCAAUAUAGAACCAUCACUGAGUAUUUUUUGGGUCUGGUCAUUCAACCAGCUUGGCAUCCAUCUAAUUUUGUUAUCAUUUAGCUUGCUACUUUCCAUCUUUCACACAUAAAAUUCUGUGCUAAGAUCUAGGGAAAUAAUAUCUACAGCAUAUAGUGGGCAUUUAAUAAAGGUGUAUUGAUUAAUUUCAUGAUCCUCCUAUUUUGCAGCCUGUGAAAAAAAGAAAAUAAUAGUCUGUUCUUGAUGAAGACGUACUGAUUUUUAUAAUAACCAUUGCCUUUCCUAGAAGAUUACUAAACAUCUGUUUAAUGAACUAUUCUAGUACUUUAUUAAAAAUAAAGUUGAAAUUCUUUGAUUUACAUUUUGUAGACUCUAAUGUCUACCCUUUUUUGAAAACUGAGAUAUUCAUCCUUUUCCAGUUCCAUGGUGCUCAGAUAUCAUUGGCAGUGCUUUCUUCACAGUUAUACCUGAGGAUAUGGUUGAACUGGGCCAUUUUAUUUAACUCAUCUUCAAUACCAACUCUUUGUAUUUUACUUUUGUUUGGACAUUUAGUCAUCUAGGCCAAUGAUGGCGAACCUUCCAGAAGAACGGGUGAUGUGAGAAAUGACUUCAGGUGCAUGGAGAUGGGGAGGGGAGCAGCUGGGCCAUGCAUCCCUCUGACUUUCUAAUAAUGAACUCUGCUUGAGCGACAGCUCUUCCCGCUCUGAGAGGGCCCUGAGUGCCCCCUCUGGCACAUAUACCAUAAGUUUGCCACCAUGGCCCUAGGCCAAUCAAACAUCAAAUGAUGGUUGGAUUGCUUUGUUUUCUUAAUAUCUACUCUUCAAAGGACAGUCUGGUCCCUUCUUUAAUUGCCCUACACAUCCCUUUUGUCUUUGUUUUUGUCUUCAGCUCUUCUUUCUUAUUCUGAACCAUACUAAUACUGGAAGAAUAAUAUUGCUCUUUCCCUUCCCCUUUCCCUGCAGAGUGAAGAGAUGAAAAAUUGAAAAGUUCAGAAGUUAAAUGCUUUUUCCAUUACUUGAAUCAAAUCAUCAAUAAAAAUAUUAAUAACAUUUUCA